CAUUGUGUAGACGUGAUUUAACAAUUCUAAUUUAUGUGUGUUAGACAGCAAAAAAACAAAUUUUUCCUUUAUGUGUAGCAAGCAUAUACGUUUGCACGUUAAUUUAUGCAAGUGUGUUUAAUAGUUCUAUUAAUACUUGAGGCAAUUUUACAACUGCAAUUAUAUAGGCCACUGGAAGAUUCUUGGGUGCGGCACGCAGUUUGAUGUAAAGGUAAGUUCCAAAAGGUUAAAGUGCUCACACAUAACACGUAAAUACCAUACGUAACGGUACAAAAAAUGUCUGAUGCGAUGAGCGCACCGCCGCCAUUAAUACCCCAGCUGCAAGAGAUGCAGCAGCAGCAACAACAGCAGCAACAACAACAGCAGAAUCACCAGCAACAGAACGCGAACUCUGCCACCGCGCAGCAAUGGAACAACUACGCGUGGUGGCAUCAUCAUGGCGGAAAUGCAGCCGCCUAUCAACAACAGUAUCAACAAUACUAUCAAUAUUAUAUGCGCUAUCAACAACAACAACAGCAGCAGCAACAACAACAGCAGCAGGUAACAUCGACUAUUAGUUCGUCAAACGCGCCGCCGGGGUUUAGCAAUGCUUUGGCGGCACCUCCGCUACCUACGGCACCACCACCGCCGCCACCACCUCCUGCUCAGUCAGGUAAUAAAAAUCAGCAACAGCAGCAGCAGAAAAAUUUUGGUGGUAUACGGUUCAACUUAAAUUUGAAUCAAAAACGUUUGGCAAAUGCACCGAAUCCUCUGCAGCAACAACAACACCAACAACAACAACAACAACCACAACAACAGCAACAGCAACAACAACAGCAACAACAACAUCAACAGAAUGCAAUGCAGCAGCUCAAUCUAUAUAAUAACAUGAACAACAAUUCUAAAAAGAAGCGCAAGCGCAAUAACAAAAACAACAAUAACAAUAACAUCAACAACAACAUGAACAUAAACAUGAACAAACAACAACAGCAACAGCUUGGUGGCUAUGAACCGUCGACUGCUGGUUUUGCGGCCAUUCCUCUAAAUCCAUUCGGCUCUCCAGUAGUACCGCCGACGCCGGAUUUAAGCAAACCACCACCCCCAUUGCCCUUAAUACCAACACCAUCAUUAGCAGCAGCAGUAGCUGUUGCUCCACAACAGCAGCCACAGCCGUUAGCUGUUUUGGAGCCCCAACAGCCGAAGCAGUCGCAGCCACAAUUGUCAGCAGCCGCAGCAGCAUUCAAACGUCCCAAUAGUUGCUUUCAAAUGGCCUCGAAUGAUUCGUGGCCCGAUUCGUUGAAUCAGUAUGUGGCACGAUGCUAUUCUAAGUGCACUACUGACUUGGACAAGGAUCAAAUUGAUAUCUGUCUAAAGGGUAAAAUUAUUGCGGCUGCUAAUCGAAACGAGCUCUGGACACGUGAUUGGGACAAUGAGCCCAUGCCCACGGUACAUAGCGAGCGCGAUGCUAUUGAUGUGGUGCUAAGUAAUGUAACGCCUCCACAGCCACAGCGUAGCAAUUACUUUAACAAAAAACAACAGCAGCAGCAGCAGCAGCAACACCAACAACAACCACAGUCACAAUCACAGCAACUUCAACAAACAACACAAAAAUCGGGCCAAAAGACGCCAAACGUAAAUCAUUUUAAACAGAAGGUGAAUGCUUUUAAUAAAUAUGCAAACGGAGGCCGCGGACAUCACCAACAGCAGUCGUCGCGGUAUUCAAGGAGUCGCUCACGCUCGCCCACAUCGUCCACGUCAUCUACAUCAAAGUAUAAUAAUAGGAAACGUUAUUCUCGUUCACCACGUUCUCGUUCCCGUUCCCGUUCUCAUUCGCGUUCUCGAAGCAGCAGUACCAGCAGUCCUCCAGCUCGUAAGGUGCUCCGCAAGACAGGCUCGAAUGAUUCAUUGAGCAGUGAUUUUAUACCAAUCAAUUCGAAUUUGUCAAAGAAACAGCAAAAAAUGCUAAUGAAGAGGAACAAGCGUGCAGCCGCUGCCGCUGUUGCAGGGAAAAAGAAGACGCCACAUUUUUAUGCCACGCAUUCGUCGUCGGUUGGCGGUGCUGUUGAUGAUGACACAGCGCGCUUGCAACAGCGUGCGGCACGUUUCUCACAGGCGAGCGGUGGCUCGACUAAGAAAUCUGUCGUCGCAAUUGCAAGCUCACCGUUUGGUCUCACCACGGCCAAGCACAAGAAGAGAUUACAGGCCGCGGCAGCGGCUUCUCGUUCAGCGUCGGGCAUGUUCUACGAGGAUGAUGCGGGAGUGGGUGCAGCAGGCUUAGAUUUACUCGAUUUGCAUAUUGUAGGCACAUGUAGGGAUUUAGAAAAGUCUUUCUUGCGUCUAACCAAAGCGCCUUCAGCAUCUGAAGUACGUCCUGUUGAGGUGCUAACUCAUUCGUUGGCCAAUGUGAAGGGCAAGUGGCGAGCCAAUCAGGAUUAUCAUUAUGCGUGUGAUCAGUUGAAGUCCAUACGCCAAGAUCUCACUGUCCAAGGUAUACGCGAUAAAUUCACCGUUGAGGUAUAUGAGACGCAUGCCCGUAUUGCUAUGGAGAAGGGCGACCACGAAGAGUUCAAUCAGUGCCAGACACAGUUAAAGAUGCUUUACUUGGAACUGGGCAACAGCAGCAAUUCACUCGAGUUUACAGCCUAUCGCAUUAUCUAUUACAUCUUUACUAAAAAUACCUUGGACAUUACAACGGUGUUGCGUUCUAUAACAGCUGAUCAGCGCGAGAAUCCUGCCAUUGCGCACGCCUUACAAUUUCGUUCCGCUUGGUCGCUGGGAAAUUACUGCAAGCUAUUUGAGUUGUAUAAAAAGGCACCGCUCAUGUCGGGCCAUAUGAUUGAAUGGUUUUUGGAACGCGAGCGCAAAGCGGCACUGCGCAUAAUUAUUAAAUCCUAUCGUCCCAACAUUAGUGUCGACUAUGUGUCAAAUGUUUUGGCCUUUGAAAGCACUGAGAAGUGUAAAGAAUGGUUAGACACCUUCAGUUUACCCUAUGCCGCAGAUGGUGCUCAAAUUGAUUGCAAAAACGCAGCUGCCAUUGCCAUUUGAAGCCUCUGAUAUAGUGUGUUGGGCGUUUUGAACUAAACUACAAUCAAUUGUGGAGCGUGGUGACUCCGGCCACCGAGCGUACGCUCCACUAAAGACAAUACACAACAAAUCAACCAUAUUCCGUUUGAAAACUGUUCGGCUGUUAAUAAGCAGGACAAGUGUUUUUCGCGGAAUCGAUGCGGUUACCCCUCCUUGUCUCUUUCUCUAUCUCUCUUCCUCUGGCAUGUCCCCUAUUGCCCCAUUGUACAUAUUCGAUUUGUAACUGCGCGUGCCCUUUCGUUGAACUUAAGAGGAUUUUAUUUUGAAACAAAUUGAUCUUUUAAGGGAAUAUUUUUAUAAAUAUUCAGUCUGGCCCCUCUCUACAUACAUGUAUCUCAGCUCAGGUACCCCGUCUCCCUUUUUCUUCACCAAACACAUCUUCGGUUCACAUGCGAAUGGACUUGCAAUUAAUGUUUCAUCUGCACUUAAACGUCUCAUCAAAACUCUACUACGUCCAGCCACAAUGCUCUAUCUUGCUGCACACCGUGGAGUAUUUUAAAUCAUUUGAACUCAUGGAACUUCGCGUCAAUUUUAUUGCGAUUUAGGUGAAUGAUGCUGGAAAUGCUCAAAGUCAACAGGGACUCGGCAGUCAGCUCAACAUGACAGCAGGAAACGUGGCUUCUCCGGUAAUCUCGGAGACCAAGGCAAAGGAUCAACGAUCAAGGCAAUACAUGCUAUUCGCGCUGAAAUGUAUCGAUUUGACGAUCCGUCCUGGACAAUCCAGCUGAUAUAAAAGCACCAGGAUCUUCAGAGAGAAGAGGAUCUCGCCUGCUAUUCAGAUUUCGCCAUCAUCCAUCUUAAAUGUCACGUAUUGAGCUGGCGAACUUCGUUGGAUAAUCCAGUUGAGAACGUUAGUCCACGGAUCUUCAAGGAGAAGAACAUCUCGCGUGCUAUGCAGAUUUCUUCAUACAAUUUAAAUUUCAUUGUAGCAAUGUGUUGGUUGCUAUAAAUGGAAGCCAGCACAUGUGCGGAACAUCUUUUCAGGUUUUAGGAGUGGUGCCUUCCAAAGCAAAUAAGAAAAUCCUAUUUUCAUUAAAACUGUAAACAUCAGUGGAACUAAACUUCAAAAGCAACUAAAAAAGAGACAAAGUGAAAGUGCAAGCAACAAAAACAGUGAACUCUACUUAUCCCAAAACUGAACUGAUCUGAAUAGAGAAAUUAACAAUAUUGUAUGAGACACAUCAAGCCAUUAACCACAAUUUAACAAAAAGAUAGUUAACAGUUAACACGACAAACAAAACUUCAGGCUACAAAGCAGAGCCUAAAUGAAAUAUGAUGGCCGCAAAGCUG